AUGACCUCGAAGAUCAUCCCGGCGAAGCCCAUCGGCUACAGGUGGCGAUCCUCGCGCCUGUUCAUCGUGGCAGUCAUCUCUCUCGCCAUGUUCGCUGACACUUUCCUUUUCAGCUUCAUCAUCCCCAUCCUACCCGACAUCCUGCAAGACAGACUUCAAAAACCUCCCUCGCACACGCAGCUUCUUACUUCUAUCCUUCUGUCCUUAAACGCACUGGUCUCGAUUCUCAUCGCCCCGUUCACCGGCCAUUUAGCGGAUGGCUCCAAGUCGAAGAACCAAUGGAUGGUGAUCUCAUGGGUGACCAACGCAGUCGGUACCGCCAUCACAGCAUGGAGCACGACAGUAGCCGUCCUCUUCAUCGGCCGACUCAUCCAAACCCUGGCCGGGUCAGUGAUCUGGAUCGUCGGCAUGGCCAUUCUGGGGGAUACAGUGGGCGCCAAACACCUGGCCAAAGCCCUGGGCUUGGCCAUGCUGUUCGUGUCUGCGGGGUUACUCAGUGGCCCGGCUGUGUCGGGGUCUCUCUACCAGUUCGUGUCCUACUCGAUGACCUGGGCGAGUGCAUUCACCGUGAUACUCGUGGGGACUGUCCUACAGCUUCUGAUUGUUGGGACUUUCAACUACGACAUGCACGUUGAGGACUCCUCCCAGGAAGAAUCGCAGAUCCGAAACCAGUUACUCUCCUCUGCAUCUCACUCCGAGAGCACAGAGGUAGCCACAGCACUAAUAGCAGACAUCCUCUUCGCGAUCAUCAUCGCCAGCUUCGAGACCACGAUCCCGAUCCACAUCAAGGCCGUCUUCCACUGGGAGUCUCUCCAAGCGGGGCUACUAUUCCUGCUUCUGCAGGCCCCAUCGAUGAUCCUCGUCAUCCCGGCGGGAUGGCUAAAAGACCGGAUUGGGAUGCGGUACCCCGUAACGAUCGGGUUCCUGUGUCUCGCGCCAUCGCUGUGGUUGCUCGGGGUUCCGGGCCACGCGCAGGACGUUUGGUGGACGGACGACGAGGACACUAACCGGGUGAUCUACAUCGCCACGCUACUGGCGAUCGGAGUCUGGCGGACUCUACUAUUGGGGUUCGGGGCUGUCGAGGUGUUGCACGGCGCCAACGAGCUUUCGCAUGAGUAUCCGGGCAUCUUCGGGCCGCACGGCGGGUACUCGCGGUCGUUCUCCAUGUCCAAUAUCAGCUGGAAGCUGGGGAUGUUUGUGGGGCCGCUGGUCUCGGGGACUUUGACGGAGAAGAUGGGAUAUUACCAGAUGAACUUGGUUCUAGUAAAUUUUAUGUCUACGGCAAUGAACGAUCCCCAGGUGAUAGCCCUAGCCGGCGGCAGCGGCGACCUGGGCCACUACCUCCAAGAAGAGCUCAUCAGGGAUCCCCACUACAGCGUCGUGAUCCUCACGCGGCAGACCCACCCUACCACCCCCACCUCCAACAGAGUAACCACCCAAACAACAGACUACACUCUCCCCUCCCUCCUACACAUUCUCCGCACCACGCACACCACAGCCCUAAUCUCCCUCCUCCGCUGCCCAGACGAGGACUACCUCCCCCUCCACACCACCCUGCUCAAAGCCUGCCAGCUCACCGACACCUGCACCCGCUUCAUCCCCUCCGAAUGGGCCGGGGACAUCGAGUCCUUCCCCACCCUCCCACGAGCAUACGGCCGGACUCGUCUUCCAUUCCGGGCGAUUCUUGCCCAGCAGGCAGACGCCCAGACAUCUGAUGCCCUAUCCCACCCCGUGCAGAAAAUAGAGUAUACACUGUUGAAUCACGGCUGGUGCAUGGAAUACUCCCUCCCCGCCCACCAGUCCCACCGAAGGUGCAUGCCCGGGGAGUUUCCGAUUGAUCCCGUCGCGUGGAGGUAUACCGUCCGCGGGACGGGAGAGGAGGGACAGAGCUGGACGUGUCGACCCUUCGAACGAGAUUACCGAUCGAAGGAGGACAUCGAAACCACGAUCCAGCAGUACGAGGACCAGGCGGAGAGUCUGGAGCUGGCUAUUGCUGAGGCAGAGGAAUGGACAAUCAGCGGUGCUACUGCCUGUCCUAAGGAGAAGACCCUGCGGCAACGAGAGGAGUUCUUUGCCGGUAUGCAUUUCACUACUGUGGAAGAGCUGCUGAGGAAGGCAGAGGUGGAAGAGCGGGUGUAA